UCAAAACAUUCGAAUUUUCUCUAUCGCAUUCCUGGGUUCAAGUCAUGGACGAUGAUGAUGUUCCUCCAUUGGAGGACAUGUCAGAAAUCUUACAACAAGCAGAGGUUAUCAGGUCAAAGGUUAAUAGUUCACAGGGUAAGCAGUCUGUUGACCCCAGCCCUAGGGGGGCAGUUCCACAGAAGGACCAGGAUAACAAGAAACCAUUGGAAAAAUCAUCAGAUAAUCAAAAGGGGAAAACAACUGAGAAAAGUGUGAAAAAUGCACCCUCCAAAUCUUCUUCAGCCAGUUUUGGAGGGUUCAAAAAAGGAUUUUUAUUUGGAGGAAACAGUUCUUCAAAGGCAACAAGUUCAUCUUCUUCAGGAUCAAGUGCCAAGAGUUCAUCUGACCUUCCUUUUAUAACCAAGAAGUCUACGAGUGAUAGCCGUGAACUACCAGAGGUUCAAAAAACAUUGACAGAAGAGGCUCAGAAAAUAGCACAAAACAAAGACGAGUGGUUGACUGCUGAUCUCAUGAAGAAGAUCGAGGCUAACGAUGCGCUGUUUAAGAAACUGGGAGAUCCUAAGUAUGUAGAGGCAGUUAACCAGUUCCAGACAGAUCCAGUCAGAGCCAUGGAGCAGUACAAAGACAACAAGGAAAUCCAGGACUUCCUCACCUCAUUCUGCAAAGUCAUGGGUGAACAUUUCACUGGCCUUGCUGAUAAACAGGACAAAGCAGCAAAACCCAGUAAACCAGCUCCACCGAGUAAAAUUGUGGAACUCAACUCAGACUCUGAAGUCAGCAGGGCAAAAUCCACACCCUCUCACACCAUCAACCCAAACAGGUCAGAAACUUUGUACACAAGGUCACCAUCAGAGGGCGCUGAUCUGUCAGUCAGGAGCUCCACCAAUCCAAAUCAGCCUACUUCAGAGGAUGAAAGGAGAAUGCAGGAGAUUCUAGCCAAUCCAGAGAUCCGUAACAUUCUUAUGGAUCCAAAAAUAAUGAAUCUGAUUGAAACUCUGAAGUUUAAUCCUGAUGAAGGAGCCAGGAUACUACAGAACUCGGACCUUGAACUGAGACAGAAAAUCAACAAGUUAGUACAGUGUGGAUUACUGCAGUUCCAGGGGUAGAGAAGAGGGAGGGAGAAAAUGGAGAGAGAAGAGAGAGAGAGAGAUGAAGAAGAGAGAGAGGGAGAGGGUACACACUUGUUUCUGUCAUCUGGGCAAGGACUAACUUUUAUCACAUGAUAUAUUGGCCUGGUUAGUCUCAAUGAAACUAAUGAAAAUUAAACUAUAUGUUAUGGGUGCUGAUGCUCCACUGAAUAUUUUUCUCUCGUGACAAGGAGAACUAUUUACAGGACAUACUUGCAUUUUCCUAUCUGCUGAUCAAUUCAGUGUACAAACUGUAAAUUUAGAACACAUUAUGGUCUCAUCUCAGCGACAGACUGAGCUGUAAUUUCCACACAAAAAAGCAGUUUUGAUUGUGCAAAUAAAAAACAUAAAUGAAAUAAUAGUUACCUAUUACAUCACUACUGCAUGUUUACUUAAAAUAAAACUAUUUCAAAUUAUAAACAUGAUAAAAAAUGGAUAUAUCAUGAGCAAAAAUAGAAACUUUGACCUUUGUUUCCCACAAUAUUAUUUUCCGCUCUAAAUUUUUUUGGUAAUCUGGGUUACUUUAAUUCUGAUCAAUCAAAUACAGUCAAACCUCGUUAUCUCAAACCCGAUGGGACCAACAAAAAACUUCGAGAUAUCCAAUAAUUCAAGAUAUUGAAGGUAAAAUACUUAAAGAAUAAGUGCAUGGUUGGGACUUCCAACUCACUUUGACAUAGCCGUGGUAUUCGAGGUAUCAGUGUUCAAGAUACCGAAGUUAAGCUGUAUUUGAAACAAGUUAACUACCCACUUCUGGAUGUAUCGACCGGCUUGAUUUAAUUAAUGAAACAAUUGUGCCAAAUGAGGGAGAGAGAGAGAGAGAGAAAAAGAAUUCAAUCUAAUUAAAGUCAGAUCCUCUGCUCCACGUAGCUUGCUACACACCUGAGUAGAUCAGAGGAUCUGAUUUUGAUCAGAUUGGAGAGAAUGUUAUAAUAUUGAUAUUAUUGUACAUCACAUAAUAUAAUGCUACUGAAUUGAAAUGACUCCUCAAAAUUUGUACUAAUUUUUGAUGCAUAAUGUUAAUUUUAAAUUUAUAUUUAUUUACAAUGAAGAUCAGAGUGGUUGACUAGAUUUGAAGAAAAAAAUGUCUCAUCUUCUAUGAUUAGUUGAUUACUGUAUUGUUAAAUGAAUUUGAAUGCUCUGGAAUGUAUAUGUAUUAUUUGAAAGCAAGUGCUGUUUCUGUUUUUGGAUUAUAAAUUAAGUACAGUAUAUGAAUUUACCUAAAGUUUAAAUUUACAUAGUAGUAUAUGAUUUUUUUUUAAUUUUCAACUAAUUUUCUUUUUUUUCGAAAGUUUUCAUAUACAGCCUAGUAAUAUAUUUUAAAUAGCUACUUUUUUUUCAUUCAACAAAUAAUGGUUAUAUUCAGUAAUUUUCUCAUUUGAUUUUUAUAUAUUUUUUUUUUUCAUUUUAUCAGACUUUAAAAUUUGUUGAAUAAAAUUAGGUUUCUGUGAAAAAGUGAAGUAAUGUAAGACAGAAAGAGUUAUUGUUCUUUAUGUGCAAAUUAAAAAUCUAUGUCUCCGUCCAGUUUAUAUUUUAUCUGAUUAAACUAUAUAUUUCUUUUGCAA